CAUUUCUAGAAGGAGCUAGCUCAGCACCGGUAGCAGUUUUGCUAGUUGGCGCGUGCGUCCCACGUGCAGCCGGAAGUACCCAGCCUUUGUGUGCGGGCGUGUGACUGAACAAGAUCGUAAGUUCAUCAUUGCCAACGCCCAGGUGGAGAACUGCGCCAUCAUCUUCUGUAGCGAUGCCUUCUGCGGCCUCUGCGGAUAUAGCCGGGCUGAGGUGAUGCAGAAGCCCUGCACCUGUAGCUUCUUGUAUGGACCCCUCACCAAAAGACCAGCAGUGGCCCAGAUGACGAAGGCUCUCCUCGGAGCUGAAGAAAGGAAAGUGGAGAUUACACUUUACACCAAAGAAGGAGUGUGUUUUCACUGCUUGAUAGACGUGGUUCCGGUGAAGAAUGAAGACGGUCUGGUCAUCAUGUUCAUUCUUAACUUUGAGCUUCCCACUGACCGCCGGUCCAUCAACUGCUCUCCAACCAGAGAACUCAACAGAGUACUGCGAAUGCCCCGGCUGACUCUGGCUUGCCGGCAGCGCCUCCGUCUCCUGCUUCAGUCCUUCAGACCGGGGCUGAGUGGGAUAUCGCAAGACACUGAGCUCGGUGGCCGCCAUGCUAACCUUCCUCCCCUGGGACAUGAAUCAGUGGCGCUGGAAAACCUGCUGUCCUUCCCCGAGAGACAGCAGCUGGACGAUGCAGGAUCCGGUCUCCUCCUGUGGGGCGAUGAAGACUUGAAAGAGGAAGGAAGUUGGCUCAGACGACAAGGGGGAGAGAGGGAAACCUUUGUGUCUGCUCGACGACAAAGUGAGGGCGACCGAAGGAAAAAAGAUUGCAAAGUGUUUGGCCUGCUGUGUGAUACAAGAGCAUUCCCCCGUGCUCCAGCCUCAGCACCACCGACCCUGACAGACCUGUCUCUGGCGUCCUCGUGUGGCUGUACGAGCAGGUUAGAUGGCACAUGUGGGAAUUUAAAACUUUCCUCUUCAGUGGAUGACAUCAAGACUAGCCAUCAUUACUGGGAAAAGAGGCUCCAGUGUCGACACAGCUGUACAGCUGGAAUAACAACCAGUAGAAAGAGUAGUGCACCCGCUGGGAUAUCAAACACUGACAUAUGGAGGACCAACAGUCAGCAGAUGACCCACAGUUUACGAGACAAAAAGGCAGACGCUUUUGUGGCGCUUCCUCCGGGUGAAAUCAGACCUCCGUGCAAACUGAUGGGCAGAACCCACCUUGUGACUGAGAAAGUGACCCAGGUUCUAUCUCUAGGUGCCGAUGUCUUACCGGAGUACAAGAUGCAGACACCCAGGAUCCAGAAGUGGACCAUCCUCCACUACAGUCCAUUCAAAGCUGUAUGGGAUUGGGUCAUUCUGCUGCUUGUGAUUUACACGGCCAUAUUCACUCCUUACUCAGCUACGUUUUUAUUGAGCGACCAAGAGGAAGCAGCCAUGCAAGCAUGCGGUUAUUCCUGUUCCCCCCUCAAUGUGGUGGAUCUCAUUGUGGAUAUCAUGUUCAUCGUUGAUAUCGUCAUCAACUUUCGGACCACUUAUGUUAACUCCAAUGAUGAGGUGGUAAGCCAGUCUUCACGUAUUGCAGUGCACUACUUCAAGGGCUGGUUCCUCAUCGACAUGGUGGCGGCUAUUCCCUUUGACCUCCUCAUCUACCGCUCUGGAGAGGAGGUGGUUAGGGGAGGGGGAGAGGGAGAGACCACCACCCUAAUUGGCUUAUUGAAGACAGCUCGGUUACUUCGAUUGGUCCGAGUAGCUCGGAAGUUGGAUCGCUACUCUGAGUACGGUGCAGCAGUGCUCUUCCUUCUUAUGUGUACCUUUGCACUCAUCGCUCACUGGCUUGCCUGCAUCUGGUACGCUAUAGGAAACGUGGAGCGGUUAACCUCGGCCGGGAUCGGUUGGCUGGACACUCUGGCAGACCAGCUGGGACGGCCGUACAAUGACUCCAUCUUGGGAUCGGGUCCCUCCAUACGAGAUAAAUAUGUCACAGCUCUUUAUUUUACAUUCAGUAGCCUGACCAGCGUGGGCUUUGGGAACGUGUCCCCAAACACCAACUCCGAGAAGAUCUUCUCCAUUUGCGUUAUGCUUAUUGGUGCUCUGAUGUAUGCUAGCAUAUUUGGCAACGUGUCGGCUAUUAUUCAGCGGCUGUACUCCGGCACCGCACGCUACCACACUCAGAUGAUGAGAGUCCGAGAGUUUAUCCGCUUCCACCAGAUUCCCAACCCGCUGAGACAACGGCUAGAGGAAUACUUCCAGCAUGCGUGGUCCUACACAAAUGGCAUAGACAUGAACGCAGUUCUGAAAGGGUUCCCAGAGUGUCUACAGGCAGAUAUAUGUCUCCACCUCAACAGAACCUUGUUACAGAACUGUAAAGCAUUCAAAGGAUCAACUAAGGGCUGCUUGAGGGCCCUCGCCAUGAGAUUUAAGACCACUCACGCUCCACCUGGUGAUACUCUGGUCCACGCCGGAGACUUGAUAUCAGCCUUAUACUUCAUCUCAAGAGGAUCCAUCGAGAUUGUGAGAGGAGAUGUAGUGGUUGCUAUUCUCGGAAAGAAUGACAUUUUUGGGGAGCCCAUCAACCUUUUCACUCAGCCAGGGAAAUCAAGUGUGGAUGUCAGAGCUCUGACAUACUGUGAUCUUCACAAGAUACACAGGGAUGAUAUCCUGGAGGUUUUGGACAUGUAUCCGGAAUUUUGUGAAUAUUUCUGGACCAACUUGGAGAUCACCUUCAACCUCAGAGAGGUGAAUAGCGAACCGACUGCCAUGUUGAGUAGAGAAGACUCGAACUACGACGGCUGCAGCAAACCACCGUGGCAACCGAGGCUCUACUCCACUCAUUCAGGUGACACUGGGACACAGAGAACUGUGGACAGAUGCAUUGGAAGGCACAGUCAUGGGGAGCAACAAGAGGAACACGGCAAAGACCAUCAGAAACAUGCACUAUAUGGUCCGGUGUUCUCCAGUGACGACGAGGUAGAAGAUUCAGAACUGACCAGUUCUUUUCAGGCGUCCAUGGGUGACACUACGACCCCAAAGACGAGCCUGUAUCCUGAAACUGACCGGGGAGGCAAAGUCUGUAAUUAUCUAACAGAUGCUUUCUCGGGAGUAUCGAACAUCUUCACCUUUUGGGGAUCAGAAGGUCGAGAAGAGCAACGAUACCAAGAGGUCCCGUGCUUGCGCAUGCUAACCUCACCUCCUCUGCAGCCUUGCUCAAAUCCGCCUCCUGAGCAGCCCUCUUCCCGCCUCAGUAAUUCCAGCCCUCCUCCUCUUCCACCUCGUCCCUCUGGCAUACCUCGGCGCCAGAGAAGAGAGUUAGAGAGCAGACUGGAGUCAAUGCAGGAACAGAUCACCAGGCUGGAGUUACAAAUGUCCGCCGACAUCAGGCUCAUUAUGCAGCUGCUUCAGAGGCAGACGUCAACACCCAUCCAGGCACCCACUACCGUCCCCCUCCUCGAGAACCCCCCGAAGACAUCGGUCCCCCAACCACAUCCGUCCAAAGGAAAUCUCCAGCAGCUUCCAACAUCUCACAUGUUUUCGUGUGAUUCUUCCGUUCCAUUAUUUCCCACUUCCACAUGUUCUUUACCUUCUUCACUCCACUCCAUUUCACGUACUUCCACUGACAAUGAGUCAUCCUCUAUUGCCCCCAUCCAGACGGGGGGAGAAGGAUCGGCUUCACCCUCUAAGUCAUUCUCACUGCUCUCACCUCUCGCCCUCACAAGCACUCCAGAGAUAGUCCGAGCAGAUCUUCAUGUCAGGACUCCAACGGAAGAAUCAUCAUUUCAGGAUGCGGCCACGGAAGGAAACGAAUCGUGCCAGAAGCAAGCACCCCUUCCUUGUCCUUCCGCCGUCAGUCAGUCAGGCUCAGGUACAGAAGCGGCAUCGAGCGAUCCACAGCAAUAAAAGUAGCAUUACUAGCCAAUGGCUAGAACGCUGACAAAAAGGGAGAGUUUGGCUCUAGUGGUUGUAAUAUGCGUGGAAAGUGUAGUAAAUAUAGACAAAGUAGAACAAUAAAGAAUAGGAGGGGCUAACAUAAACAGUAACCAUGGAAACAGUAAUAUGAGUCCAAACAGGAGAAUAAAAGGGUAAACGUGGUUUCAGAGGUGCAAAGGAAUUAACCACUGACGAGCAGUAGCAUGAAAUGUUCAUACUUUUGUUGAGUAUAUGUAUGUGUGUAUCUAUGUAUGUACUACAUGUACAGUGUGAAACCUAAUCGAUGAGUAAAUAGCACGGAAAGUCUACAGGGUAGGAUAGGUUUUGACAUUUUGCAUUUAGAGGUGAAAACCUAAUUGUCCCUUUUUGCAAUAGGAAUAUUAAUUGAUGCUCAAUUACUGUAUGUACUGUAGUUAAUUCUCCCAUUUGUUGUCAAUAUUUCCACAGUCUCUAUUUGUGUUUGAAUAUUUCCUUGCAUUACCAAAUGUCAUUUUGGUUAUGUUUCAUCUCAGUGUAGUCCAGGGGUGUGCAAACUACGGCCCGGGGGCCACAUGUGGCCCGCCAAGUGUUUGAAUGCGGCCCGCCCAUUCUUUCCAAAGUAUUUCAUUUAAACUCAACAUACAACCUGGCUUGAGUUGACCUUUUGAUGGUUGAAGUAGCUGUUUUGUCAAUUUGGUUUGUAAACAACAGACCACAUCAAAUCAAAGUGCACCUGAAUAAAAGGUCACAAGCACAUAAUAAUAAUAAGAAGAAGAAGAAGAAGAAGAAGAAGAAGAAUAACAAGAGGACCCAAGGACAGUUAAUUUAUAAUGCACUUUACAUCAAAUAAAAGUGCACAUAUAGCCGAGUGCAUGACACUUUUACAGAUACAAUAAUUCCAGGUGGACUGUUAAGUGUAAAAUAUAUAGUCUGCCCCCCUCCCCCUUCAAUUUUGUUAAAUCAAUGCUGCCCGCCCGUUCUUUCCAAAGUAUUUCAUUUAAACUCAACAUACAACCUGGCAUCAUGGCUUGAGUCGACCUUUUGAUGGUUGAAAUAGCUGUUUUGUCAAUUUGGUUAUUUGAUGUGGUCUGUUGUUUACAAAGUGCAACUGAAUCAAGGGAGCACAUAAUAAUAAUAAUAAUAAUAAGAAGAAGAACAAUAACAAGAGGACCCAAGGACAGUUAAUUUAUAACACACUUUACAUUAAAUAAAUGAUGUCAAAGUGCACAUAUAGCAGAUUGCCUGACACUUUUACAGAUACAAUAAUGUUACGGGUAAUUUUGUUCAAAUUAAAUUUUGUUAAAUCAAUGCGGCUCGCGACUCAAAAAGUUUGCCCACCCCUGUUGUCUGUUUUUAUCAAAGCAACAUGGGUUCAUCCCCACUGUGAUUGGUUACCUUCUCCCCAAAACAAAUUGUGCUACUUUCAUACUUUCAUCUGCAGAUAUGACAAACUCGAGGUCAUUGGUGAUUGGUCAUGUGUAGGAUAAUCUGAGUUGUCCUGGUAUCGAUCCCUGAGGUACACUGCAGGUCAUAUCCAAAUGAUGGUGUGAGUCUUCUCAACUUACUGAUUCGGAAAUAUUGAUUGACAGAUCAGUCUGAUUGAUUGUGAUGACAGUAGCUGUUGUCGUUUUGUCCGGGACGUUAGAUUGGAAUAUAUGUUGGGAAUUCUUGUACAUCGGACAAUCCUUAGGAAAGUUUCCUAAUCCUAAUCCCGAAGACCCUAAUCCUUAGGAAUGUUAGGAAAGUAACAUAAUUUUCAGAUACUGUAUCACCAAUACAGUAAUCCCUCGUUUAUAGCAGUUAAUUGGUUCCAUGCUAAACCGUGAUAAAUGAACCCACGGUGUCUGACCCGGAAAACAUGGGAAGUACAGCCGGCAUUGGAAAAUCGCAUCACAGUGGAAAAUGGAUGGAUAAACAUUUUUUUUUUUUAACACUACGAUUUCUUUGUUGUUUUUCUUUAAAAUGUCAGUGGAGAAAAAAAACUUUUAUUGUGUUAAGAAAUAUCGUUGGUUCCCAACUCCAGAGUUGGAGCACAGAAAACAUGUUAACCAAGUCAGGUUGAUCAGCUGUUUAGUUAGUAAGAUUCAUGUGAAUUAAAUAAAUACAUAUAUAUAUAUAUAUAUAAAUCAUUUUUGGAUCCAUUUUCUAUUAAGCUUAUCCUCACUGAUGUUGCAGGGGUAUGCUGGAGCCUAUCCCAGCUGACUUCAGGCGAGAGGCGGGGUCCACGCUGGACCGGUGGCCAGCCCAUCUAAAUUAUUUGUGCUUUGCGUAUUUGUGCUACGUUAUACGCAGUAAAAAUACAAAAUAUUCCUAUUUUCUACACCACAAUACCACAAGGCAUAUAUAAAUUAUUCCGGACAUAUUUCCUGCUCGUCCUCAGGCUCUUCCUGCUCCAUGUCCACGCCCAAAGCGCUGCGACGAAUCAUCUGCCAUCGUCUGUUCCUCGAUAUAAGCUUUGGGUUCGCAUCCUCAUUCUGUGGGUCUUCCUUGUGAUUGUCGUCCUCCUUGGUGAACACUUUCAUGUAUCGCCGCAUCUUCUGUAACAUGGGGUCGUUCCUGUCCUCCACCCUGCAAUCACAAUUUAUGACUCAGCUUGGAUUGUGCACCUUCACACACCGUUCACUUGCUAAUAAGUAAAUGUAUAUACAUAUAGAAUAAUCAUCAAAACAUGACAAUUAAUUAAUUUGGAGUUUGAGUGCUGUCAAAGUUAAAGCGCUAA